CUUCUUUCUUGGAGGAAAAAAAAAAGCAGCAUCCUCAUCACCAGCACCAAACGCCAGCGAUCAGGAAGCUCCGAGAGAUAUGAUCCAGUUCUGAUGGAGUCAUCAGAGCUGUUGGAGACCAGGGCGCCCUCUGUGGCGCUGCAGCACGUCGAGCUGGAUGUCUUGAGAUUCCUGCAACCGUCUGGGGAGGACAACAGCACGGCAGAGCAAUGCUUCCGCUCUCACUCUCGCAACAGCGUCCUCCAGGGCCUGCCAUUUGGUGGGGUGCCCACGGUCCUCUUCAUAAAUGUGGUGCUUUGGAUGUUGUUAUUGCUCAUCUUUUCUUGUCUGAGGAAGGCUGCGUGGGACUACGGUCGUUUGGCUCUGGUUAUGGAGAAUGACAGUCUUACAUCCCUGUUUUAUGGAGAACCGAGUGAAAAAGAAAAAUCUCCCUCGGAGUCCAGCCCCUCCGACUCUGAGACAAAGGACAUGGGCUUCUGCUCGUGGCUUUCAUCUCUUUACCAUAUGAAGGAUGAGGAGAUCCGCAGUAAAUGCGGCAUUGACGCAGUCACAUACCUGUCCUUCCAGCGCCACAUAAUGCUGCUCAUGACGGUGGUUUCCCUGCUCUCCUUGGCUGUAAUCCUGCCGGUCAACUUCUCCGGAAACCUCCAGGGAGACAGUCCCAAAGACUUUGGAAGAACAACACUUGCUAAUGUUAGUGCAAAGGACAGCUUUCUUUGGCUACACAGCGUCUUUGCUCUGGUGUACUUUAUCAUCACUCUGCUGUCCAUGGCUCACCAUUCUGCAAGGCUGGAGCACAGAGAUGACGAAAAGGGUUCCAGGACGCUGAUGAUCACCUCCAUUCCCAGAGAGAUCUCAGACCCAGGACUCAUCACCAAGCACUUUCACGAGGCCUACCCCAGCUGCACAGUCACCGACAUCCGCUUCUGCUUUGAUGUUCACAAACUGAUGAAGCUGGACUUAGAAAGGCGCAAAGCAAUGAAAGGCAGGCUGUAUUUUGCAACGAAGGCCCAAAAAGAUGGGAAGGUCAUGAUCACGACCCAUCCUUGUGCUCAGAUAUUCUGUUGCGACAUAUGUGGUUUUGAAAAGGUGGAUGCAGAACAGUACUACAGCGAAUUAGAGGAGAAGUGCACAGAUGAGUUUAAUGCGGAGAAGCAGCGGAUCACCAUGAAGAGGCUGGGCAUCGCCUUUGUGACUCUCAGAGACGAGAGGAUGACGGCUGUCAUUGUGAAGGACUACAGUUGCGUGCGUUGCCGCAGCAGACCCCAGCAGUCCAGCAUCACUACUGUGGUGCAGUCACAGAGGUGGGGUGUCAGCUACGCACCUGCUCCAAGUGACAUCAUCUGGGAAAACCUGGCUGUCUGCGGCUCUCGCUGGUGGCUGCGAUGCGUCCUCCUCAACAUCCUCCUCUUCCUGCUGCUCUUCUUCUUCACCACUCCUGCCAUCAUCGUAAACACCAUGGACAAGUUCAACGUCACGCGGCCCGUGGAAAGUUUGAGGAGCCCAAUCAUCACCCAGUUCUUUCCAACCUUCCUGCUCUGGGUCUUCUCAGUACUCCUGCCUUUCAUCGUCUAUUACUCUGCCUUCUUCGAGUCCCACUGGACCAGAUCGGUUGAGAACCAAGUGACGAUGCACAAGUGUUUUUUUCUGCUGGUCUUCAUGGUGAUCAUCCUCCCCUCUCUUGGUCUAUCCAGUCUUGACCUCUUCUUCACUUGGCUGUUUGAUAUCAACUUUCUGGAUGAGAAAGAAAUCAAAUUCCAGUGUGUGUUUCUUCCUGACAAUGGUGCAUUCUUUGUAAAUUAUGUCAUCACAUCGAGUCUUGUCGGAACAUCUAUGGAGUUGCUUCGAAUCCCGGCGCUCACAGUGUAUGCACUGCGCCUCUGCUUUGCCAAAUCCCAGGCUGAGCGGAUACACCUGAAGAGGAGUCAAGCAUACGAGUUCCAGUUUGGCCUGGAGUAUGCCUGGACCAUGUGUAUCUUUGCUGUCAGCAUGACCUACAGCAUCACGUGUCCCAUCAUUACGCCCUUUGGUCUGCUCUAUGUGAUUUUGAAGCACAUGGUCGAUCGAUACAACAUCUACUACGCUUACGUUCCCACCAAGCUCAACCAGAAGAUCCACAGAGCGGCGACCAGCCAGGUCAUCGUGGCUCCAAUCCUCGGCAUGUUCUGGCUGCUCUUCUUCUCCGUGCUCAGAUUAGGUCUAAUACAUCCCAUCGCCUUGUUUACAUUAGCAUCGCUCAUCUGCUGUAUUGCCUGCUGUCUUUUCCGUCUAUGGCUUCGGAAAACUCCAGACAAGUCAACAAGCUACCAGAUGUCUGAUCAGCCAGCUGCAGAGACGUUCCCUGAUGCAGACCGGAGCACAGUGACGUCAACCACCACCUCCAGUCUGUUUGUUGCAUCUGUGUUGCUGGAGCCAGAGCUGGCUUUAACUCCGAUGCCUUCUCCGGCUCACCACGGCUACGGCGCCAUGGCCAGUUCCCAGAGUUCAGGUCACGGACCGGUGGCAGGAGCAGAGGCCGAAGAGGAGCACACCCAAAAUCAUGAGACUGAGCUCAGAGAACCUGCAGAUCUCUAUUCCUCCAGUCCGCUCAUGGACAGCCCCACAGGCUACCAGUGACUGCAGCUCCCACCAAACUAAUUCCCAUGUGUCCUGUAGUGGUGGAGCGCAGAUUAUUCAACACUGCAUCUUCACCACUGACCUCGGACUCUAAUUUAACCGCGUCAGACACUGAGUCGAGAUAGAUCUUAUUUGAGGGCAUGAAGAAUCCAAAACAAAAGCAGAAUUAUUUAAACGGAGCAUUCAAAAAGAAACCAGCUAGCCAAAACUUUGUCCACACCUGCUUUGUACACAUGUUAAGAUCAAGCUAAUGUACAAAUAACUUAAAAAAAAAAAAACUUGAUUCCGUCUACUACGGUUUCAUUUGCAAGUUAAAAAGGUUGAAAGAAGCAGGCUUGGAGAUAAUAUCAGACAGACACGCUCCAUGCUGUGCAACUGGAACGCGAGUGGUGUCGAAAGUUCCCACCGCAGUGGGUGGUGUGAGCAGGCUUGCCCCGGCAGACUGACAGAGCGGUCCGGCCAUGGGUGAUAUGUGCUUCCUCUGUGAGGCUGAGGGUGAGGGCAGCGAGUUGUGAAGCCAUCUGGCGUGAGAACACAGACAGACGGAGGGCAGAGUGGCGCUCUCAGAUGGACUGUAGUAUAUGUACAGUCUCGCCAUACAGGCAGAAACAGCCUAAGGCUUAUUGUAAUUUAUCUCAACAUGAGGUCGCUAUUUUUGCUACGGUAUUUUGGUGCUGUUCAUGUAAAAGCUUUAUCUUGAAAGGUGGUGGGUACCUGGCUUUCCCUUCUUAAUUAAAAAACAUACUUCUUCUGUUUAAA